UCCAUCCAUGACUGUUGUGAAGAUUACAGGUCUGACCACGCGCUGUGGUUACAGCUUGUCGAUGUCCACUGUCAGGCCCUCAGGAUGCAGUGCCCACCAGGGGGCAGCAGGUCUCGGCCGAGCGGCCGGCCGCCGUCGACGUCAGGACCAGCGCCCCGCCCCGUGACCGUGACCCUGGGCGGCGCGGGGACAGCGUACAGCUCCGCAGGCUGCCGGCGCGGCGUGAGCGCUUCAGGCCGCGCGAUGGGUGCCGAGGCCUCCGGGAGCGGACCGGCGCUGCGGGAGCUGGUGCGCGAGGCCGAGAUCAGCCUGCUCGAGUGCAAGGUGUGCUUUGAGCGGUUCGGCCACCGCCAGCAGCGGCGCCCGCGCAACCUGCCCUGCGGCCACGUGGUCUGCUUGGCCUGCGUGGCCGCCCUGGCGCACCCGCGGACGCUGGCCCUCGAGUGCCCCUUCUGCCGGCGAGCCUGCAGGGGCUGCGACACCAGCGACUGCCUGCCGGUGCUGCACCUCCUGGAGCUCCUGGGCUCCGCGCUGCGCCCGGCCCCAGCCGCCCCCCGCGCCGCCCCCUCCGCCCCCUCCGCCCCCGGGGUCCUCACCUGCCACCACGCCUUCGGAGGCUGGGGGACCCUGGUCAACCCCACUGGGCUGGCGCUGUGUCCUAAGACGGGGCGGGUCGUGGUGGUGCACGACGGCAGGAGGCGUGUCAAGAUCUUUGACGCUGGGGGAGGAUGUGCCCAUCAGUUUGGAGAGAAGGGGGACGCUGCUCAGGACAUUAGGUACCCACUUGACGUCACCGUCACCAACGACUGCCAUGUGGUUGUCACCGACGCCGGCGACCGCUCCAUCAAAGUGUUUGACUUCUUUGGCCAGAUCAAGCUUGUCAUCGGAGGCCAGUUCUCCUUGCCUUGGGGUGUGGAGACCACUCCUCAGAAUGGGGUCAUGGUAACAGAUGCGGAGGCGGGGUCCCUGCACCUCCUGGAAGUCGACUUUCCAGAAGGGGUCUUCCGGAGAACUGAACGGUUGCAAACUCACCUGUGCCAUCCCCGGGGGGUGGCGGUGUCCUGGCUCACCGGGGCCAUUGCGGUCCUAGAGCACCCCCUGGCUGUGGGGACCGGGGCCUGCAGCACCACGGUGAAGGUGUUCAGCGCAAGUAUGCAGCUCAUUGGCCAGGUGGAUGCCUUUGGGCUGAGCCUCUUUUUCCCCUCCAAAAUAACCGCCUCCGCUGUGACCUUUGAUCACCAGGGGAACGUGAUUGUUGCCGAUACUUCUAGUCAGGCUGUCCUAUGCUUAGGAAAACCUGAGGAGUUUCCAGUACUGAAGCCCAUCAUCACCCACGGUCUUUCCCAUCCUGUGGCACUGACCUUCACCAAGGAAAAUUCUCUUCUUGUGCUGGACAGUGCAGCCCAUUCUAUAAAAGUCUAUAAGGUUGAGUGGGGGUGAUGGUGGGAGUCUUGGGGCCUGGCAUCAGAAGCCCUGGAGCUGCCACUGCUGAAUUGUUGAACCCUGGAUAAAUUACUUAAUCUCAUCUGUUCAACAGAGAUAAUUAUAAGUGCCUGGUAGACUUACAAAGGUUGGGACAAUUAUUAAAGAAUAAUAAUUAAAUCUACGAUUUAUGGAUUAUGUACUCCCUGUGCUAAGAAGUUUGCUAAUAUUAGCUCCUUUAAUCCUUACAAUUACCCAAUUUCUAUUAUGAAUCCCAUUUUAGAGAUAAGAAAACUGAGACCCAGAGAGCUUAAGUGAUUUACC